AUGACCGACCGAAUCUCGACCAUUCUAUCGACCUCAUCUGAUUGGCUCCUCUGGUUUCGAUCAAUCAAAACCCUUGCCCUAAAUAAAGGGGUGUGGGGCUACAUCAAUCCUGACCAACCAGAAGAGCCUAUUCUGCCGGAACGGCCCGCCUACCCGUUUCCAUCAAGGAUUCAGGGAGAAGCUACGUCAAUCCUAGACCUUUCUCCAGCCAAUAGGGAGCUCUACCGAGACCUCCUACGCGAGUAUGAACUUCAGAUGCGCGAAUUUGACCAUGUGAAUAAGGGUCUAACCCUAAUUCAUAUGAUUAUUCAGAAUUCGAUUAGUCAGCAAAACAAGCGAGCAAUCAUCAAUACGAAUUCCGCCUAUCAGAGCCUUCGAAUCCUCCGAGAUAAGCUGGCACCGACAAAUGAAGCAAGAAAACGCGAUGUGAUUGGUCGAUACCACCAGCUUAGGGCUCAGGGCUCCUCUGUUCGAAGCCCUAAUCUAGAGUCCUAUAUUUCUCAGUGGGAAAACCUUUAUUCCGAAGCCCAAGAACUCGACAUAAGCGAGGUCAAUCCACCAAUCAGAGCCCUCUAUGACUUCCUAGAGGCGAUCCAUACUGUUCAGCCCUAUUUUUCAACCCUCUGGCACGACAAAUUGAUCGAAAAAUCCGAGCGGAACGAGCCAAUCCCGACGUUCUACGAGGUGACUAAGCGGUUCAGGGACCAUAUCAAACUAAGCCCAAAAAGGAAUAGUCACAUGGCAAACAUUGCAAACGCGACAUUCAUGGGCCAAUCAGACAACCCGAAUGCUAGGCCUAGAAUCCCUAGAAAUAGGCCUAGAAAAUGUCCCUGCCAAUCAGAGCCAAAUGACGGUUUCCAUGACUUCAGCGAAUGCCUCUAUACCAACCAAUCAAAACGCCCUAUUGGAUGGUCACCUGAUCCUGAGGCACAAAAACGAUUUGAACGGGCCAAUCAGAACCCUGGAUUCAAAAGGGCCUAUGAAAAUGCGCUGCAGAAGUUCAAAACCAGUCAAACGACCAAUUUAACCGUCACUAUGGCAACUGUCGCCCUAGCAACCGCUCAAACAACCGAUUCUAGAUCUGAUUGGGCCUUCGACACCGCUUCAAACACCCAUGUUUGCAAUGAUUUGUCAGCCUUCAAGGACUAUACUCCUAGGGAAUCGAAAGUCCUAAUAGGCGACACACAUGCAGAGAUCCUAGGUUUUGGAACAGUCCUGAUGAAGCCGUCAAACUGCUAUGGAAAGCAGACUACCUUUGAACUGAAGGACUGUGCCUAUGUGCCUAAAUUCCAUAUAAAUAUUCUCUCUGCAAUGAAGGCCAAAAAGGCGGGAAUAUUCUAUAAUUCUAGAGUUCCUUGCCUAGAGGGCCUAGAUGGGUCGAAAGUCUGCCAGAUAUAUGAAACAGGGGGAAUCUCCCUAGUUAGAUGGGGCGAAUACUCACUUUCCGCUCACUUUACUAUGGGAAACCCAUAUAAAAGUGAGAGUUUUGGUCAGAAUGACCUACCGGACCGAUUUUCGACUCUAGAGCUGGAAGACUCUAGAAAACAGACCAAUCAGACCAGUCAGACCUAUCAGAUUCAGCGGUCUGAUCAGCCAAUCAUCUCAAAGGGGUCAAUAGAACUAUGGCAUCAGCGAUUAGGGCAUCCAGGCAUUAAAGCCCUAAAACAUCUUGAACAGGCAACUAGUGGGGCAGAAUUGACCAACCAGAGCGAGGAACUAGGACCCUGCGAGACCUGCCUAGUUUCCAAGUCAAAACGCCAGAUUUCUCGACGUCCUAUUGGUCGAGGCGAUCAGCCAUUCGAGACAAUCCACUGGGACCUGAUUCAUAUGAAGCGGGGCAUGCGAAAUAUGAACUAUAUUAGUCAUAUUUAUGAUCCAAUGACGCAUUUCCACAUGGCCCAGACCCUGCAGACCAAAGAACAGGUUUCUAGGUCCCUGAAUUCAAUGAUUCUAUUGGUCAAGAACCAGUAUAGAGUCUCGCCAAAGCGGGUCCAUUCAGACAAUGACCUGAAUUUAAGCGAGUUCAUCGACCAAUCAGAAGGCCUGAUUUUCAAUACUUCACCGCCUGACCAACCAGAACAAAACCCAUUUUCUGAACGCUCUGGAGGACUGAUUAUCAUGAAAUCUCGCCUCCUAUUGGUCGACUCCGGGAUCCCCAUGUUUCUAUGGCCAGAAGUGGUUAGCGCGGCGACCCACAUCCUGAACCGAACACCAAUCAGAGCUCUAGAUUGGAAGACCCCCUAUGAAGCUCUAUAUACUGCCUUACCCGAGAAACCCGGCUAUAUGACGUCAAAACCCGAUAUCUCAAACUUGAAACGUUUCGGUUGUAGGGCCUACACGCGGAUUAUCAAUAUUCCGAGGCUGAGCGAACUUGACCCUGACCUAGGGCUAGAAGUCAAAGCCCUAACUGACUCAGAAAUUAAUGACUUAAUUAAUUCAAUUGAAGCUGAGUCAGAUGAGUCAGAAAAUGCAGAAAUGUCUCUAGAUCUAGAUGAUUCUAGAACCCUAGAAGACUCUGCAGAUGUUCUGGAACCUCUAGAAAAUCAAGAAAAAGAAGAAAAUGAGGAAUAUCUAGAGGAUUCUAUUGGUCAGGACGACAUAGUUCUAGGUGAUUUACCUGAUUCACCGCCUCAAUCACCUGUUCCGCCUGCCCCUGAUGUCGUCAUCGAUAAUAGUCAGUUCAAAUUCGACGAUUAUGACGACAUUAUGAAGCCGCUAGGCCUAAAAAGGCAACGAUCGCCAUCACCGGACCCCGAACCAUCGAAAAUUCCGAGAAAUUAUGCAAUUCUUCAGGCAUUUUCGACUGAUUUAGGUCAUAAAAAACUGCAUAAAAAUGACCUACCUCCUCCACCUGCCAACUGGCGAGAAGCGGUCAAUAGUCCAUUUCGAGAUGACUGGAUUCGAGCUGCAGAGGUAGAAUACCAGCAGCUUACUAAUAUGGACACAUGGACUCCUGUUUCGAUCGAUUCUAUUGGUCCAGACCAACGAGCUCUACCGCUGAAGUGGGUCUUUACCUACAAGUUCGACCAAUCAGGCUUCCUAUCGAAAUUCAAAGCAAGGAUUUGCGUUAGAGGGGACCUUCAGCCAAUCAGUGACCUCGAUACUAGGGCUAUAACCCUAGGUUCUAGAACCCUGCGGGUUGUUCUUGCCCUAGUAGCUGCUUUUGACCUAGAAGCGGUCCAAUUAGAUGCGGUGAACGCUUUCCUGAAUAGUCAGCUUGAUGAAACAGUCUAUGUUUCACCGCCUCCAGGGCUAGGCCCUAAAAAUAGGAUUUUUAAAUUGAAAAAGGCCCUAUAUGGACUGCGUAGGGCGCCGUUUCUAUGGCAACGAGAAAUAGGCGAAACCCUAAAACGACUAGGUCUAGACCCUAUUCCAGAGGAUCCCUGUGUUUAUGUCAAUGAAUUCAUGAUCUUAGUCAUCUAUGUAGAUGACAUCAUCAUUAUUUUUAGAAAAGAAAACAGGGAAAGGGUCGAAAAAGUGAAACAAGCCCUCUGUUCGACCUAUCAGAUCAAGGAUCUAGGCGAAAUGACGCAAUUUCUGAAUAUGAAAAUUCAUCGAAAAAAGUCGAAAAGGAAGCUCUGGAUCUCGCAGAAGGACUAUAUCGAAAAGAUCGCUCACCGCUUUCACCUGACCAAUCGGAAGCCUCCAAAAACACCGCUCCCGGCAGAAAAUCUAGAUAUCUCGGCUGAUGAAACGACGCUAGGCCCAAAAGAGAUAAAGCUAUACCAACAAAAAGUAGGGUCAGCCCUAUAUGCAGCGAUUAUCUCUAGGCCCGAUAUCGCCUACGCAUGUCAGAAAUUGUCAGAAUUCCUGACUAAGCCGACUUCUAGACAUAUGGAGGCAGCCAAUCAUCUGAUCUCUUACCUCUACGGAACACGCCAUUGGUCAAUUGCCUACCAAGGACCUAUACCGCCUUCCCAAUUAGGUCCAUUCAGGGUUGCCAGCGACGCCGCCUUUGCUGAUUCUGCCGGCAGAAAGUCUUCUGAAGGGCAGACAGUUGACCUGCUUAUUAAGCAGGACUCUGCUUAUAAAUCGAAACUAAAACAUGUGGACAUCCACCGCCAUUGGCUGCGCCAGGAAGUUCAGAAUGGAUCUAUUCAGAUUCAAUGGGUUCCGACCAAUCAGAUGAUUGCUGACGGUCUGACUAAGCGUUUGACCUAUCAGAAACAUCAGGAAUUCAUGAAACAUCUGAAUAUGGAAGAUAUUUCCGAAUUGUCACCUUGA